CAUUGUUACAAUUAAAAAAUCAUGUAACCUGGAAACGUCAAUUGUUUUUAAACAAACAUAUUGAUUCUUUAUGCUGAAUGCAUUGGAAGCAGGGACAAUUGGCAGAUCUGCUUUGUGCUAAAUGCAUUGGUAGCACAGGCCCAACAAUAUGAUACAUAACCUCAAACAUAGUGUUGGCGGGUUCUCUCAACAAUCUAACAAAGAGAAAGGGCACUUGCGAAUGCCAGAAGUCUCAACCUUCAGAAGAAUAAUGAAUUGGAGGGGCCCGAGGUUGAAGUGGGGUUGCAUGGAAUGGAGCCUUGCGGUAGCUGGGCUCGUCGCAAUAGUCGUUACAGUAGCAGUGAUGAAGGAUUCCAAGCAAGUCGAAGACACUGUGCAAGCAUGGCAAGGAGAGGAAGCUCCCCUGCUCCCUCUCGUGGUAAAUCUGACUCUUGUUGAGGCUGCAGCAUCUAAAGGAGCAUUUUGCUUAGAUGGAACACUACCAGGUUACCAUCUAGAUCAAGGUUUUGGUUCAGGAUCAAAUAGUUGGCUGAUUCACCUUGAGGGUGGAGGAUGGUGCAACAAUUUAGCAUCAUGUUCUAUGCGUAAGAGGACUCAUUUGGGAUCAUCGCUCCACAUGGAAAAACAAAUCGUGUUUUCAGGCAUUUUAAGCAACAAACCUUUUGAAAAUCCAGAUUUUUAUAAUUGGAACAGAGUCAAAGUUCGAUAUUGUGAUGGGGCCUCAUAUUCUGGAGAUGUAGAAGAUGUAAAUCAGGAAUACAAAAUUUUUUUUAGAGGUCAAAGAAUUUGGAAAGCUGUCAUGGAGGAUCUCUUGGCCAAGGGUAUGGAUAAAGCUAAUCAGGGUCUCCUUUCAGGAUGCUCUGCUGGUGGAUUAGCAUCAUUUCUACAUUGUGAUAAUUUUCGGGAGCUUUUGCCUCAACAAGCUCAAGUGAAAUGCCUUGGAGAUGGUGGAUUCUUUGUUCACAAGAAGGACAUAUCAGGAGCAGGCCGCAUAGAAUCUUUCUAUAACGAGGUGGUAACAAUGCAGGGAGUAAAUAAACACUUACCAAAGUUAUGUACCUCACAGAUGGAUCCAAGAAGGUGUAUAUUUCCACAAUAUUUUCUGCAUCACAUAGGUACACCAUUUUUUAUUCUAAAUCCAGCAUAUGAUUAUUGGCAGAUCCAAAAUAUUCUGGCACCAGACAUAGCUGAUCCCCAGGGACUUUGGCAGAAAUGCAAGCAGAACAUUAAAAGUUGUACCAAAACACAAUUGUCAACAUUGCAAGAUUUCAGGAUUGAAAUGCUUAAUGCGAUGAAAGAGUUUAAGGGCUCAAAAACUCAAGGCAUGUUUAUCAACUCGUGCUUUAUCCAUUGUCAAUCUGAGAUGCAACAAACAUGGUUUUCACAAGAUUCUCCAAGAUUACAUAACAAGACUAUUGCAGAAGCUGUAGGAGAUUGGUAUUUUGAUCGAACACCAAGACAGUAUAUAGAUUGUGCAUACCCAUGUGAUUCAACUUGUUAUAACGUUAUUCGUGAGAGAUAGAAUAAUAUGCAUUCUUUUCUGGAACAAAUAUGUCAAACUAGUGAUUACUCAGAAAUCUAAAAUAUGCAGUAGACUAUAACUAAAGUGCAUCUGAUAAAAACAAGUCCAUGAAGUUUCAAUAAUUGGCAAAUCUUUUAGUGAAAAUGGUUAAUAUUCAAACUAUUAUUGAUUAAUAUUCUGAUGCUUGUGGUCGAUGUCUCCAUUUGAGGUUAAACACAAGUAGUUUAUGUGAUGGAGAGUGCACAAUAUUUGGAACAGUCUUAAGUUAUUAUUAUAAAAUUGAAUUCAUUCACUUAGUGAUAAUUGAUCGACACCAUUUCCAUUGGGUUACUGCAAGGAAUAACAAAGAUUGACAAUGAACGACUAGUGAGUACCUGGUUGGCUGCUAGUGUCUAGUAGCCAUUUAUAGAAUAUUCUACCCAAAUACUACAUGAUGCAAUGAAAAUUGCUGUGAAUGUGAUACACUUGUACAAAAACUUUGUGAAGUAGAAGUUUUGAAGCAUUUUUUUU